UCCCCUCCCAACCCAAAAUCUCUUUUUCUUUCUCUUUUCUACAUGAUCAUUUCAUUUCUUUAUACUCUUUGAGAAACAACCAAAAUCUCCAUGAUCAUGUCACCUUCUUCACUAGCUCUUAAUUCUAGCACUUGUGCUACUCAUAAUAAACCUCAAUUACCACACUCUUUCUCCCUCUUUUCCUCUUCAUCAUCAUCUAUUGAUUUGGGCUUAUACAAAAAGUCCACAGUUAAAUUGAAGAAGAAGCCCAAUAGAAAAGCACUUGAAUGUGCUCUCCACUCUCCCUCAGUAUUCGAUUUCCCAAAACAACCCUACAAUCAACCCUUAAUUACCAAAGAAAAUGCCCCUCAAACUCAAACAAUCACCACAAACAAACCACAGUGGAACCCAUUACAAAAAGCCGCAGCAAUGGCACUAAACAUGUUCGAAAGCGCGUUGCUCUCACGCGAGCUUCAACAUCCACUUCCAAAAACCUCGGACCCAAGCAUUCAAAUCGCCGGAAACUUUGCUCCAGUGCCGGAGCAACCGGUAGUUCAUUCUCUCCCCGUCACCGGCACAAUCCCCAACUGCGUAAACGGAGUUUACGUCCGUAACGGCGCCAACCCAAUGUUCGAGCCAGUUUCCGGUCACCACCUAUUCGACGGUGAUGGUAUGGUUCAUGCAGUCACCAUCAAUGACGGUGCAGCAAGCUAUGCAUGCCGCUUCACCGAAACAGAGAGACUCGUUCAAGAGCGAGAGUUAGGCAGAGCAAUGUUCCCAAAGGCCAUCGGAGAACUCCACGGUCACUCCGGCAUAGCUAGGCUUCUUCUCUUCUACGCUAGAAGUCUUUGCGGUAUCGUUGAUCACCGGCGUGGCUCCGGCGUUGCAAACGCCGGAUUAGUCUACUUCAACGGUAAACUCCUCGCCAUGUCAGAAGAUGAUCUUCCUUAUGAACUCCAAAUCACUCCCGUCGGUGAUCUUACCACCGUUGGUCGCUAUAGCUUCCUUGAUCAGCUUCAUUCCACUAUGAUCGCACACCCGAAAAUCGACCCGGUCUCCGGCGAACUCUUUGCAUUGAGCUAUGAAGUAGCUAGACCUUAUCUCAAAUAUUUUCAUUUUACUUGUGAUGGAAAGAAAUCAGCUGACGUUGAAAUCCGUCUUGAAGUUCCCACAAUGACGCAUGAUUUCGCGAUCACCGAGAAUUUUGUAGUAAUACCUGAUCAUCAAGUGGUGUUCAAGCUUGAAGAAAUGAUCAGAGGUGGUUCUCCGGUGAUAUUCGACGGUGCGAAGAAAUCAAGAUUCGGUGUUCUUCCAAAAUAUGCAAAAGAUGCUUCAAACAUUAUUUGGGUGGAAUCACCAGACACGUUCUGUUUUCAUUUGUGGAAUGCAUGGGAAGAACCAGAAACAGAGGAAAUUGUUGUUAUUGGUUCAUGCAUGACACCACCAGAUUCAAUCUUCAACGAAAGCGAAGAAAAUUUAAAGAGUGUUUUAUCAGAGAUAAGGUUGAACCUUAAAACAGGUGAAUCAACACGCCGAUCACUGGUUGCUGAUAUGAAUUUAGAAGCUGGUAUGGUGAACAGGAACCGGCUCGGUAGAAAAACCAGGUUCGCUUAUUUAGCUUUUGCUGAACCGUGGCCCAAGGUUUCAGGGUUCGCCAAGGUGGACCUUGUAAGUGGGGAAGUAAAGAUGCACAAGUAUGGUGAUGGAAAGUACGGUGGUGAACCGUUUUUCUUACCAACAAGGGGGUGUGAAAAUGAAGACGGGGGGUACAUUAUGGCUUUUGUCCAUGAUGAAGAGAAGUGUAUAUCAGAAUUGCAGAUAGUAAACGCUGUGGACUUGAAAGUGGAAGCUACCGUUAAGUUACCUUCUAGAGUGCCGUAUGGUUUUCAUGGAACUUUUGUGGAAGCUAAGGAUUUGACAUUACAAUACCUUGGGUGAAAAAGGUAGAAAUAAAAAAGAAAAUGAGAAAACCAGAGGGAUUGGUCAGAUUGAUACAGGUCCCCGGGUUCUCCUGCACAAAGAUUUUGUUGGUAGUAUGAAUUAUUAGUUAGUUAGUUCAGUUAAGUUUUGUUGUAGAUGUAGUGAUUGUGUGCGUGUGCACAUAUUUCAUUAGGAAUCAGCUUGUAGCUUUGUAGUACUGUGUAGUAAGUAGAUGAAGCUCAGUUGCUUUCUGUUUGUUUCUACUUUUUUUUCUUCAUGUAUUUAAUUUAUUUUCCAGUAAAUACCUUUUCUGUUUCAA